AUGGUAAAAGAACUUUUGAAUCGUUGGCCCGGAUGUCGAAUUGUACACGGUCGUCCUCGCCAUUCACAGAGUCAAGGAUCAGUCGAACGAGCAAAUCAGGAUGUGGAAAAGAUUCUCUGCACACAAUUGAGGGAAGAGAAAUCGACAAAAUGGGCACGUAUUCUUCCCAUUGUGCAAUCAAUGAAGAAUAGACGCUUUCAUCGAGGAAUUGGCCGAUCUCCUUUUGAAGCAAUGUUUGGAAGAAAAAUGGUACUCGCAAAUGAAAACGGAAAGAUUCCAACAAAUGAGGAGAGAAAUGUUACGGAUAUUGAUAAUGAGGUUUUCGAAGGCGAGAAAUUUGACGAUUGGAGUGAAGCAAUAUUGGCAACUAGCACAGAAAAUCCGUCAUACUUUCCCGAAUCCGACGAAGAACUCGAUUCCGAUCGUGAGUCAGUUUUAACUCAACGGGAUGCAGAAAUCGAGCAGCAUCGAAAGGGAGCCGUCGAAUCUCAACAGAAACAGGCCGACAAGAUGCUGGAGAAAUCGAAAAACAGAUUUGGACCAGUUGGAGUUGGAAUGACGGUUCGUCUCCCAAUCGAUGUCGUCGAUCGACCUAAAAUCGGCCACUCGUCUCUUUUUGGUGUCGUGCUAUCUUUGGAGGAGGGUUUAUAUCAGAUUGGCACCAAGAAUGGAGUUUUGCAGCAAAAGCUCACCCGAAAUCAGUUUGAACCGGCCAACAACAAUUUUCUCUCCGCCGAUGACGUCCCUUCUCAAAAUACAACGUUUCGUGCAGCUAUCGGAGCCGAAUCAUUAUCAGGAACUCAGGGUCACAAGCAUUGCAAUUGCACAAAUGGAUGCACGAAUGGACGAUAUUCCGCUAGAAUCCCUUCAAAUCUCUACAAAAUGUCAGAUGUGACAACAAGUGGUUGGAUGAAUGUUGAUGAAAAAUCAAAAAUGUUGGCCGCAUCGUUGCAAUGCCACCCAGGAGAUCCUUUGGAGAUUACGACUGGAAAAGAUGUUUGGUAUAAUGUAGAGGGAAGGCAACAGGGA